UGUGUGUUGUGUGUGUGUGUGAGUGUGUGUAGAUCCAUUGACAUUUGACACCACCACCGGGAAUCAAGUUAGCCAGGUGUAAUAAAAUAAAUAAAAUUAAAAAAAUUAUCAAUAAUUAUAUGACAUUAUUAAACAAUACUCUGUUGACUACAUGUCAUUGAUAAAAUAUUAGUAGUAUAUCUUAAUUAUAAAGCUACUACUCUGCCAAUAUUAUUAUCUUCAAGUCUUCAUCAAUCUGCGCGUGUCGUAAAAUUAAUAAAUAUAAUAACAACAUCACAAACAAUAAUAAAAUGUCAAAAAUAAAUAUUCCAAUGUACUUAGACUAAUUAAAAAACCAAAAAGUUAAUUAUUUAAUUUAUUAAAUGACAAAUAAAUUGAAUUAAAAAUUAACAAUUAAGUAAGUGAUAUAAAAAUAGAAUGAAAUGAAAAGAUUAUUAAAAUGAGUGGACAAUCAAAUGUAGUUAUUGUUAGGCCAGAGGCACGAUUUGAUGCAAAAUGGCUAAAAACAGAUUUACAAAAUUUUUUAAGACGUGAUCGUCUUGCUGAAUUAUGGAAUGGUAUGGUACGUGAUGGAGAAAUUGUUGGUAGUUUUUUUGAUGGUUUAUUUAAUUCAGCUGGUAUUAUAUCAAAAAAAAGUCAAAAUGGACAUUAUUACUGUCAUCAUUUAGCACUAACAUGUCUCUGUUGCGAUGGAAUAUGUGGUCCAUCAAGUGGUUGUAAUUGUUUACCAUGUCAAAAGUUAGAUGAAGAAGAAGCAACGAGAAUGUCACUUGCUGAUAAAUCACAAUUGAUACCAGCACAAACAAUAAUUGAUCGUUGGCUGUGGGAAGAUAAACCAUCAAUUAAAGAUUGGAAUGAUUGUAUGGAUUCAUUAAUAAAAGAACAAGCAAUAUUAUCAAAUCAAGUUGCUAAUAGUACAUUGUCAUCAACAAGACUACGACAAAGAUUAGUUAUUGCUAGAAGAUAUUUCACUGCCUUAUCUAGACAAAAAAUACAUGACAACAAUAAAAAAAAAACAACUAUUAAUACAACUAAAUCAGCAACUGUUGUUAAUUCAAUUUCAACAUCAUCUAAAGCACAAGCAUCAUCAUCAACAUCACCCCCAUCAUCAGCAUCAUCAUCAUCAUUAACAAAUAAAACAUCUAAAAUAACUAAAACAAAUAAUGAAGCAGCUGUUGGUCUUGCUAAAGUUGGUACACGUGCUGCCCUUAAUUUUUCAUUUGCUUAUUUACGUCGUGCCUGGCGAUCAGGUGAAGAUAUUGAAUUUUGCAGUGAAAUAUUAACUGAAUCAUUAGAAACAUUACAAUCACUACCAGAAGCAACAUUAUUUGAAGAAAAUAGUGUAUCACAAGUAUGGCUUGAAGUCGUUGAUAAAUCAACAAAAUUUUUACGUCAAAUUGUAACGGGUGAUUUAUCAAGUAAUAUAUCAUGGUGCCAAGUGCCAGUAUCUGAUCAACAUACUGCACUUUGUUUAUUACUUGAGCUUGUUAUUCAACGUGGUACAUUAUCAAGUUUUCUUGAUUCAGUUAUUUUAUUAUUUCAAAUUAAUGAAAGAAAUAAUAAAAAUCAAGAUAAUCGUGUUAUACCAUCUGGCUCAUCAGCACCAUUAGUACCAUUAUUAAAAAGACUAAAUUCAAUACCAUCAUUAAAAAUUAAAAAAUGUGAUAGACAAAUAAUACCUGGUCCAUGUGAAGUAUUACUUAAAUAUUUAAAUUUACCAGAUGAUGAUAUUAUUGCUGUUGAUUUACGUAAAGCAGCAAUUAUUAUAAUGUGUAAUUUAAGUCGUUUAUCAACACCAUAUUUACCACCAAUACAAACUCAUUCAAGUUAUUUUAAAAAUCAACAACAAAGUCAAACAUAUCAAGAGGUAUUUGCCUGGGGUGGUGUUAAAUUUGGCAAUGGUACAUCACCAUUUUAUUGUGAUGCAAUAAGUGAUUUAGGUGUUAAACAAUUGUGUUGUACUGAACGUGCAUUAAUGAUUCUAACACAAAGUGGUCAAGUAUACAUGAUGCAUUAUGGAUCAGAGACACAAUAUCCACAAAAAAUUGAUACAUUUGAGCAUUAUACUGUAAAAAUGAUUGCAUCACAUGCAGAUGGUAAACAUUAUAUGGCAUUGACUGAAGAAGAUAUAACAUUUUCAUGGGGUAAUGGUGAUGGUGGUAGACUUGGCCAUGGUGAUACUGUUUCAUAUGAUCAACCAAAAAUAAUUGAAGCAUUAAAUAAAAAAUCUGUUGUAUUUAUUGCAUGUGGUAGUACAUAUUCAGCGUGUUUAACUGCAUCUGGUGAAUUGUAUACAUGGGGAAGAGGUAUUUAUGGUAGACUUGGACAUGGUAAUUGUGAUGACACAUUGGUGCCAACACUUGUUGUUGAAUUGAAGGGCUAUGUUGUUGUUCAUGUUGCUUGUGGAUCUGGUGAUUCACAAACAUUAUGUGUAACAGCACGGGGAAUUGUAUUUUCAUGGGGUGAUGGUGAUUAUGGAAAAUUAGGAAGAGGUGGAUCUGAUGGUUCUAAAGUACCUAAAAUGAUUGAAGAAUUGCUGGAUAUUAAUGUCGUUAAGGUUUAUUGUGGUGGUCAAUUUUCAGCUGCAUUAACUGCUGAUGGUGAAGUUUAUACUUGGGGAAAAGGAAGUACUUAUCGUCUUGGUCAUGGUGAUGAAGAACACACGAGAUAUCCAAAGUUAGUUGAGGCACUUAAAGAUAAAAAAAUUAAAGAAUUAUCAGUUGGCAGUGUUUUGGUACUUGCUUUAACUGAAGAUCAGCAAGUUUAUGGUUGGGGUCGUAAUGAUUAUGGUCAAAUUGAUCCAGCACUUGGUUUUACUGUGCCAAAACCAUCACUGUGUGUUGCAUUAACUAAUAAAAAUGUAAUUGGUCUUGUUUGUGGACCAACACAAAGUUUUGCAUGGUCAUUGUCAACUUGGUCUGUUGCAUCUCGAGUGCCAUUUGUCGUUGAUAUUUGUGAAGAAACUUUUAAAUUACUUGAUGUACUUCUUACAAAAUCAUGUGAAGGUCUACCAAGUACUCGACCACCAACACAAGAUCGUGAAUGUCUUGCUGUUGCUACACUUAAUCUUCUUCGACUACAAUUACAUGCUAUUAUUUCACAAAAAAUUGAUCCAAAAACUGUUGGAUUAUCAGCAACUUGUGGUAUUCCAAGUCUACUUGAUUCACUUAAAAAUCAGUGUGUUAGUUUAGCAAGUGGAGCUGGUAUUUUAGCAACAAUUCAAGAAGCCGCACAAGCUGUAUUACAAACUGGCUGGAGUGUAUUAUUACCAACAGCAAAUGAAAGAGCUAAAACAUUAUCAGAAUUUUUACCAAAUUCAAAAUUAAAAAUUGAUGAAACAACUGAUAAUAAUAAUCAUCAAUCUUAUUACAAUAAAGGUCAACAAUUUAUGGCUGAUUUAUUGGUAUCAAGUUUAAUGGCUGAUGGUGGUCUUGAGCAUGCAUUAAAAGCAGCAAUUGACAUUGAAAUUAUUGAUAUAUCAGAUGAAAAAGAAACAGCAGUUUUACCAAAAACAAAACAAGUCAAAGAAUUGAAUUCAGAAAAACAACAACAACAUAAUAUAACAAUAUCAUUACUACAACUAGUCAAACAAUUAAUUAAAAAUGGUUCUUGUAUAACACAAUCAAAACUUGAACAAUUACGACAUGACAAUGAUGAUUUAAUUGAUGAUAAAAAUGAUGAUAAUAAAUCUGAUACAUAUAAUUCACCAAGUAUUAAUUUGUUGCUACGAUGGCAACGAUUAUUAAUAGCUCAAAUGUAUAAAUCAACAAAUGACAAAAAUGAUAGUGAAUUAAUUGGUGUUGAAUCAUUGUUUAAAAAAUAUAUAACACAAAUAUGUGAUCAUGUUAAUGAAACACUUAGAAUUGCUUGUGAUAUAUCUAGUAUAAGUGUCAAGCAUUUUGUCAUGGUAACGACAAUUUUAAAAAAUGAUAUAAUUAAUAAUUUAUUUCCUGAACUUGUUGUAUGCCUGGUAUUAUUGCAAAUUGAUAUUCCAAUUUUAUUGGACAAUAUUAAUUGGAUGGAUACACUUGCACCAGUUCUAGAUGUACUUGAUAAAUUUAAUCGUUUUGCACCGACAAUUGAAAAAAAUGAUGCUGAUGAUUUAUCAUGGCCUGGUAUAAUUGCACCACAACAAUCAACAAAUAUUAAUUUAUCAGGACAAUGUAAUUCAGCAACAAUUGUAAAUAGUUGUUGUACAAAACAAAUUGUACAAAAUGAAGAGCCAAUAUUAAUACGUUGGGCUGAUUUAGAAAAUCAUAAUCGUGAUGGUGGUUUAUGGGUUGUUAUUAAUAAUCGUGUUUAUGAUGUACAAGAUUAUUGUCAUGAAGGUUCUUGUAAUCUUGAAAUGUUUCAUCGUUAUACACUUGGUCGAGAUAUAUCUUGUAAUUUAAGUAAAAAUAAUUUAUCAUCAACAAAUUCACAGAUAAAUACAGCUGCAAUGGAAUCAUGUUUUGUUGGUUAUUAUUGUCAAUCAGAACCAGAUAAUUCAAUACAAUUUACAAUACCAAUAAUUGAUAUAUGUCUUUCGCUACUUGAUACUGAAAGAGCAUUAAGUUUUAGUCUUGGUUUUCAUGCUAGAAGAAUGCGUCAAAGUAUGCCAUUAUUACCAGCUGAAGAAGAAGCACGUAAAUGGCUUGAUAGUCAAUUUCUUCAAGGUGGUCUACAAAUAUUACAACCACCAAAUCCAUAUGAAGAAGAAAAAUGUGAAGCAAGAAGUAACAAUUCAACACCAGCAAAUUCACCAACUGAUUCAGAUAUUUAUUCACCGCUAAUGCCAACAACAAAAGAUUCACAAUCGAAAAAAUUUAUUGCUGAUAAAUCAACAACAUUUAUUCAAGCAUUAGCUGAGUAUCAUAAAACAAAUACACAUGUACAAACAUUUUUAUCAAUUAUUGAUAAAUAUAGUAAAUUAAAUAAUCUAUUGUCACAUGUUGAUUUUAGUGGUGAUCAUCCAAUUGGAGAAGUAAGUAGAUUAUUAAUGGCUGUUAUUAUAAAACAUCUUAAUAUUGGUGAACAAAUAAUUGGAUUAAUUGAUCAUGGAUUACCAGAAGAUGAUGCUAAAUGGUUUGUUGAUAUUAUUAAAUUAAUUCAUCAAACAAAAUGGAAUUUAAUUAGAACACGUCAACAACAAAAUAAAAGUUACAAAGAAAUUUGUGCUCCUGUUUUAGAAAAAUGUCAUUUUUUAUUGUACGAAGUUAGACCAGCUACGAGUAAUGAAACAAAAGGUUUUCAAAAAUUAAAAUUAUUAUAUACAGUACCAAGAUUUAAGAGAGCUGUUAUGAGUGUUAUAAAAAAUAUUAGAUUGAGUAAAAAAAAUAAAGACACAAUUGUACCAGCAAAACUUGAUGAUAUUGUCAACACAUCAAUACAAAAUAGUCGUAAUAAAAUCAAUAAAAAUAUACAAGAUACUGUACUUCCAAAAGAGCAAUUAAAUUUAUCAACAUCAUCAUCAGCAACGACAUCAUCAUCGUCAUCAUCACAAGUUAAUAUUAGUAGUAAAAAAAAUAUUACAAUUGAUUCAAUGAUGAUUAAUUUAAAAACAAAAAUAUUACAUCAAGAUGAAAAAAAAUUAAUGAAUGAAAUUGUUAAAUUUUGUGUCAGUGAAGAGGGUGGUAAUGUUGAGAAUUUAAGACGUGCUAUGUACUGUCAAAUUCAACGAGUUAAAAUGCGUGAAAAUGGAAUAAAUAUGCUUUGUCAAUUAUUAAACAAAGAAAGCUUAAUAACAUCUGUUAAAUAUUCAUUAUUAAAUGGUUGGCUUGGUUUGACACUUGACUAUCAUGAUUUACAAAAUAACAAAAUAACAGCAACUCAUUCAUUGAGUAAUAUUCAACUGGUAACACCAUAUCAACGUGCUAAAAUAAUAAUUGCAGAAGAAAAAAUAACAUCAUGGGCAAUUAAAUCAUUGAGAAAAUAUAUUAUUCAAGCAGAAUCACCAUACAAAGAGAGUAAAGUUAAAAGUAGUCUAAAUCAGGGUACUUAUACUUGGCUAAGAAAAUUACCAAGAGCUAGAUUUAUCUUGGCAAUACUUGGUAUGUUGACAAAUCAUCAUCAUGCAAAUGAAAUGAGUCUUUUAAUAAAUUCUGGAUUGAUAUCUAGUAUUUUAACAUUGCUACGACAAAUUGGACCAUUUGUUAAUACAACAAGUAACACAACAAAUACAACACCAGUUGCUGGUGAACCAGAAGAUAUUAAACAAGAUGUUACAGCCAUUUAUGAAGAUGUUAUUGAAAAAAGUAGACCACCAGCAGUACAAAUGAGUGGUGCUGAACUUGCUGCACUAAUGAAAAUUGGUACAAAAGUUGUACGUGGAAAUGAUUGGAAAUGGGGUGAACAAGAUGGUACACCACCUGGUAAAGGAAGAGUCAUUGGUGAACUUGGUGAAGAUGGAUGGAUCAGAGUACAGUGGGAUAAUUGUACGACAAAUUCUUAUAGAAUGGGAAAAGAAGGUAAAUAUGAUUUAAAAUUAGCUGAUACACCAACACCACCAGAAAAUGAUUCAGACAUUGAAACACCAAUAAAUUCAAGUAAAAUAAAUCAACAAUUUUCAUGUGAUGUACAUCCAACAACUUAUCUUAAAAAUGCAUCAACAAAUUUAUUAAAAAUUUUACUACUUUCGUGUAAUACAAAUGCUGGUGGAAUACAAAAAUCAGCAGUUACAAUUUUAACAUCAACAAUACGUGGAAUAAUAUCAACAUCAUGUAGAAAUAAUGAUUCAAGUAUACAAACACAAUUAGCAAAAGAAUAUCAUGAAACUUGGGCAACACUUGGUUUAUUAAAAACAAUAUCAAAUUCAUCAAUUAUUUGUCAAGCAUUAAGUACAACAGCUUGGAUUGAUUUUUUAUUAAGUAUUGUUGCUGAUGAAAAAGAAAUUAAUAUUACAAAACAAAUAAUAGCUAUUAGAUUAUUAAAAACAGUUGUCUGUUCAUGGUCUGAAGAUUCACAAAAAAUGAGACAAUUUUUAUUGAAAAUAUUUAAAUUACUUGGUCAAAUAUCAUUGAGUUGUAGUGCUGGUUUAACUGGUGAAUUACAUGCAAAUAAAUGUCGUGUAUCAAUAACAGCAUCACACAGUUCAACACUUGCUGAAGAACUAAUUGGUCUUAUAAGAGAUUUACACAUGUGUACAGAAUGGCAAAUUGAAUUAAAUUCAUUUUUAUCAUCAAAAUUAUCACUUGCUUCAGAUUUACUUAGUGAUGGUCCACUUUUUCAUAUACAAAUGAAUGAAAAUGGUGGCGAACACAGUACCAAUAUUCAACAAAAUGUUAUUGCAACACUUGUUGUUGUUGGUGGUCUUGAUGAACGAUUACGAAUUGGUAAAACAGUAAAAAUUGAUGAUGAAGCUGGUGUUGUUUGUAAAUUUACAAAUAAUUCAAAAUUAAUAUUACAAAUGCAAAAUCAAUCUGGUGCACGUACUAAGGUACCAUUUGCAAAUGUUAAUUGUAUUGAUAAUAAAUUUCAUUUAGAAAGAUUACCAAUGACUGAUCAAUUAUUGGGAGCAUGGACAAAUAUAUUAUUAGGACACAGUAGAAUGAAUUAUCGUCGUCCAGGUGGUAUACCAGUUAUUGCUGGUGUUGUUAAUUCAUCAAUUUUACGUACACAACAAAUACAACUUGCAGCAUUAAAUGCCGGUAAAACAUUAUUAAAUUAUCAAAUGAGAUUACGUCAAGUUUUACUUAGACAAAUUGAAAGAAGUGAUGAUACUGCUGAUGAUACAGAUGAAAAUCAUCAUCCAAAAACACUAUUUCAAGAACUUCUUUCACGAGCAAUUAAACCACAACCAUUAAAGCCAAUAUACAAACCUGAAGAACUUGAAAGAGUUGCACUUGCAAUAUCACAAUAUUUAGCAUCUGAAUUACGUCACAUUCCAAUUCAUCAAAGUGGUGGUUCUGGACCAGUUACACCAAAUUCAGAUUAUUCAAUGGCAUCAAUGACAUCAAGUCAAAAAAGACAUUGUCGUCAAAAUAAUAUUAAUAAAAAUAUAAAUCCAAUAAUUACACAACUCAUUGAAAUGGGUUUUAAUAAAAAAUCAGUUGAAUAUGCUAUUAAAAAUUUAGGUACUGAUGAUAUAACACCAGAAACAGUUGUUGCUUGGUUACUUGAAAAAGCUGAUGCUGUAUUUUCUGAAAUUGAUGAAGUUCCACCAAGUUCAGAUGAUUCAGAUAGUGAUUCAGAAUUUAUAAGUGAUGAUCCUGAAGAUGUUACAUCAAUUCAAGCACCAACAACACCACCAACAACAACAUCAUCAGCAGCAGCAGUUGUACCAGCUGCAUCAUUAUUACAAUCUUCACCACUAGCACCACUAGCACUACCACCACCGCCACCUCCACCACCACCAGUAUAUAUGAAACGAUCAGAUUUUCUCUCAUUUGACGAGUAUGCUAUUUAUGUCAGAGACAAUGUCACUGCAGGUAUGCUUGUUAGAUGCUGCAAAAGUUAUGAAGAAGUUGAGUAUGGUGAUAUUGGUCAAGUUGUUAAAAUUGAUGCAGAAGGUUUACAUGAUUUAAAUGUUCAAGUUGCAUGGCAACAUAAAGACGGUACUUAUUGGGUUAGAUUUAUUCAUAUUGAAUUGUUGGGUCAUCCACCAUCAUUGCCAGGACCACCAGCUUUAAAAGUUGGUGAUAAAGUUAAAGUUAAAGCAUCUGUUGCAAUGCCAAAAUAUAAAUGGGGCUCUGUAAAUCAUGCAAGUAUUGGUAUUAUAACUGGAAUAAUAAAUAAUGAUAAAGAUGUUUCGGUUGAUUUUCCACAACAAACAAAUUGGACUGGUUGUAUUAUGGAAAUGGAAAGAUUACCAUCUUGUCAUCAUGCUGUAUCAUGUAAUUUUUGUAAUUUAUCACCAAUAUCUGGCUCAAGAUUUAAAUGUAAAAUUUGUGAUAAUUAUAAUCUUUGUGAAAAUUGUUUUUAUACAAAACGUGGACAUCGUCAUGGUUUUAAUCGUAUUGCUGAGCCUGGUUCAGCAGCUGUAUAUGCUGGUAAACCAGGUAGAUAUCAUCGACAAGAUAUUACUGAAUCAUCAUUAAUUGAUGACUGGUCAAAAUGCAUAAGAACAUUGAGUGUAUCAUCAAGAGACAGUUGGGCAACAAGACUCGUUGAUAAAUCAGAUAAAUACUGGCAAAGUUGUGGUUCACGUGGUAAACAUUGGAUAAGAUUAGAAAUGUUACCUUGUGUUCUUAUUGAAUCACUAAAAAUUACAGUAAAUCCACAAGACAGUAGCUACAUGCCAUCAGUUAUUUCUGUAAAUGCUGGUAAUUCAUUUAAUAAUUUAAUUGAGCUAGCAACAAUAACUGUUAAAAAUACAGAUGAAAAUGUAACACUAAUACAAAAUAUGCGUGAAUAUUAUCCAUGUAUUGAAAUUGCAAUAAAACAAUGUCGUAAUGGUGGUAUUGAUUGUAAAAUUCAUAGUUUAGAUAUUAUUGGAAAAAAAAAAUUAUUUGAAAAUCAAUUAGCAACGUCAGUGUCAUUUUUAGCAUCUGAUUGGGAAACAGUACAAGAACAAAUGAUAACACAAAGAAAUGGAAAUGCUACUGGUAAUACAACAAAUCAAUAUCAACAUACAGCUGUUUAUGUUUGGGGUCUAAAUGACAAAGAUCAACUUGGUGGUUUAAAAGGUUCUAAAAUUAAAUUACCAGUAUAUAGUGAUGUAUUGACAAGAUUAAAACCACUUCAUAUUGCUGGUGGUAGCAAGACACUAUUUAUUGUAACACAAGAAGGUAAAUUAUAUGCAUGUGGUGAAGGAACAAAUGGACGUCUUGGUCUUGGUGAUAAUAAUAAUGUUUAUGAGCCAAAAUUAAUACCAUUUUUAAGUCAAUAUGUUAUUAAAAAAGUUGCUGUUCAUUCGGGUGGUACAUAUGCUCUUGCAUUGACACAAGACAGUAAAGUAUUUUCAUGGGGUGAGGGUGAAGAUGGUAAGCUUGGACAUGGCAAUAGACUGUCAUUGGAUAAACCACGUUUAAUUGAGGCAUUUAAAUCAAAAAGAAUUCGUGAUAUUGCUUGUGGAUCUAGUCAUUCUGCUGCAAUAUCAAGUAACGGACAAUUGUAUACAUGGGGACUUGGUGAAUAUGGUCGUCUUGGUCAUGGUGAUACUGCAACACAAUUAAAACCAAAGCUAGUUGAGGCAUUGAUUGGCCAAAGAGUCAUACAAGUUGCAUGUGGUAGUAAAGAUGCACAAACACUUGCAUUAACUGAAGAUGGCUCAGUUUAUUCAUGGGGUGAUGGUGAUUUUGGUAAACUUGGAAGAGGUGGAAGUGGAGGAUGUUAUACACCACUUCUUGUUGAUCGAUUAAAUGGACUUGGUGUUGUACGAAUUGAAUGUGGUGCACAAUUUUCAUUGGCAUUAACUAAAUAUGGUGAAGUUUGGACAUGGGGAAAAGGUGAUUAUUAUCGUCUUGGUCAUGGUAAUGAUCAACAUGUUAGAAAACCAACAAUUAUCGAAGGUUUACGAGGUAAAAAAGUAACAGAUGUUGCUGUUGGAGCACUACAUUCAUUGGCUGUAACUGAUACUGGACAAGUAUAUGCCUGGGGUGAUAAUGAUCAUGGUCAACAAGGAAAUGGAACAACAAUUGUCAAUAGAAAACCAUCAUUAGUUCAUGGACUUGAAGAUAUUAAAGUUAAUAGAGUUGCAUGUGGCUCGAGUCACAGUGUUGCUUGGUUAUUGAUUGAUCAACCAAUUACAAAUAAUCAAGAACCAGUUACAUUUACAACAGCUAAAGAUCCACUUGGUCAAGCAUUUCUUGGAUUUAAAGAUACAACUGAUUCAUCAAAUAGUUCAUCUGUUAAUGAUAAAAUAUCACGACCAUCAUUGUCAAGUAUUAUAUUAUCAUUGGAGAGUAAUGUUGCCAAACAACAAGCUCUUCAACAUGUAUUAAAUGCUCUUUAUAUAAUACAAGCAAGAAAAGCAAUAGUUAUGUCAUUAAAAAGUCAUACAUCACUUGAAGAUAAACAAGAUAUUAUUACACCACAAUCAGAAACUCCAACACCAUCAGUCAAUGAGGUUUAUCAAAAUGUCGGUGAAAUUGCACAAGGUGGUGGUGAAGCACCAGCAAGUACAUCAGAAGUUCAACCAAUAGCAAGUCCAAGAGCAACACCAGCACUUGAAGAUUAUCCAUCAGCUACAAUAUUUCCAUCAAUGUCAAGUUCAGCAAGUUUAUCAUCAAAAACAUCUAAAAUGUCAGCAAGUGCAGCAAUGAGUGUUAUUGCUGCAACAUUAACAUCAAAUGCACAAGUUGUUGGUGAAGGAACAGGUAAUGAACCUGGUCUUGAUGAAUUUACAUCACAAUUAACUGAAGAAGACGCAAGAAUGCUUGCUGAUUUAUUAAAAUUAGCUGUUGCCAAUAGAAUUGACGAAGGUGGAAAAGAAACAAUAUCAUCAACUUUAAUUUUAUUAGCAAAAUAUAAUUCAAAAAUUAAAAAUAUGUUAUUAGAAUUAUGUGUUACUGAACUUGAAGAUACAACAACAAAUUCAAAUUGUACAAAUAAUGUACCACAAUCAGUUGUUCAAGAAACACCACAUCCAUAUAUUGACGAUACAACAUUGACAGGACACGUUAAGAUACCAGGUGCUGAAGCAUUACGUAUUGAAUUUGAUCGUCAAUGUUCAACUGAAAGACGUCAUGAUUUAUUGACAAUAAUGGAUAGUGCAAGUAGAGUUGUUGCAAUUAAAUCUGGUCGUGAAUGGAGUGAAUGGGCAACUGAGCUUCGUAUUCAAGGUGAUGAAAUAUUUUGGAGAUUUUCAUCAGAUGGUUCUGUUAAUGGCUGGGGUUGGCGUUUUGCUGUUCAUCCAAUACUAGCAAUACUAUCACCACAUGAACUUGGAUCUGAUCGUGCUGUUUUAUCACAGCCAUCAAUUGCUCUUGCUGAGUGUCUUCUUGACAAUAGUCUCAUUAUUAAUUCAACAGAUAAAAAUAUAAUCAGUCGUCUUGCUUGUACACUUGCACAAUGUAGUCAAUUGUCAGUAUUAUCUGCACAACAAAGAAUUUGGGCAUUACAAAAAUUACAAGUUGUUUAUGCAAAUGGUGCUCAAGGUAUGCGAAAUGAUUGUCAAGCACUUGCUUCAUUACUUGGCUCAUUACCACAAGCAUUAUUACGACAAUAUGAGUAUGAAGAUCCAGCUGUACGUGGUGGUAAACAGCUAAUGCAUAGUGAUUUUUUUAAAGUACUUGUUGCUCUUGCUUGUGAUCUUGAACUAGACUCAAUGCCAUGUUGUUCAGAAAUUCACAAAUGGUCUUGGUUUAAAAGAUAUUGUGUAGCAGCUAGAGUUGCUAAGACACUUAUUAAUAGAACACAAUUACCAAAAUCAUUUUGUACUGAUGUUGCCAAGCGAAUAAAUGAAAUGGUUAUCACAGAAAAUAAUGAAAAUGAUGCAGUAGUAGAAAAUAUUUGUAACAGUAAUACAAGCAGUAGUUGUAGUAUAACAACAACUAUAACAACAAUUGCUAGUAAUAAUAAUUCAAAUAGUACAAGUAUAACUGACAUUGCAAAAGCUCAUGAAAAUCAUAAUUUUUUUAAACGUGAACAUGAUCAACAAUUGUUAAUGUGGUUAAAUCGUAGACCAGAAGAUUGGACAUUAUCUUGGGAUGGUUCAGGUGCAAUUUACGGCUGGGGACAUAAUCAUCGUGGUCAAUUAGGUGGUCUUGAAGGUGCAAAAGUUAAAUUACCAUCACCAUGUGAAAGUUUAUCAGCACUACGACCAAUUCAACUUGCUGGUGGUGAACAAACAUUAUUUGCUGUAACAGCUGAUGGUAAAAUAUAUGCAACUGGUUAUGGUGCUGUUGGUAGACUUGGUAUUGGUGGAGUUGAUUCAGUUAUGGUACCAACUCUCAUUGAAUCAAUUCAACAUGUAUUUAUUAAAAAAAUAGCUGUUAAUUCUGGUGGUAAACAUUGUCUAGCAUUGUCAUCAGAAGGACAUGUUUAUUCUUGGGGUGAAGGGGAUGAUGGUAAACUUGGACAUGGUAAUAGAGUAUCUUAUGAUCGACCAAAACUCAUUGAGACAUUAUUAGGAACUGAUAUUAUUGAUAUUGCUUGUGGUGGACAUCACAGUGCUGCAAUAAGUUGUACUGGUUUAUUAUAUAUUUGGGGAAAAGGUAGAUAUGGUAGACUUGGACAUGGUGAUAGUGAUGAUCAAACAAAACCAAAAAUAGUAACAGCAUUACAAGAUUAUAAAGUUGUAGAUGUUGCUUGUGGUAGUGGUGAUGCACAAACACUUUGUGUCACUGAUGAUGAUAAUGUUUGGAGUUGGGGUGAUGGUGAUUAUGGAAAAUUAGGUCGUGGUGGAAGUGACGGUUGUAAAAUACCAAUGAAAAUUGAAUCACUUGCUGGACUUGGUGUAUUUAAAGUCGAGUGUGGAAGUCAAUUUUCAGUUGCAUUAACAAGAUCAGGUGCUGUUUAUACAUGGGGAAAAGGUGACUAUCAUCGAUUGGGUCAUGGUACAGAUGAUCAUGUACGAAGACCAAGAAAAGUUGCUGCAUUACAGGGUAAAAAAAUUAUAUCAAUUGCAACUGGCUCAUUGCAUUGUGUUGCUUGUUCAGAUAAAGGUGAAGUAUUUACUUGGGGUGAUAAUGAUGAGGGUCAACUUGGUGAUGGAACAACUAGUGCCCUUCAACGACCAAGACUUGUUCAUGCACUUCAAGGUAAAAAAAUAACUAGAGUUGCUUGUGGUAGUGCUCAUACACUUGCAUGGAGUACAACAAAAGCAACACAAAGUCGUUUACCAGCAACAACACCAAUGGAAUAUGACAUUGUCAAAGAUUUACCAUUUUCAGCAUUGCAUAAUCGAUUAGUUUUACUACAUCAUUUUGCUGAAUUACUUUGUCCUUCACUUGUCAUGUUUCCAGUAUCUGGAAAUAUUGGCCUUAAUAAAUUAGCAUCCCUGCUUGUCUACAGUAUUAAAGAAGCAACAUUUAGAAAAGUUGUACAAGCAACAAUGAUUCGUGAUAGACAACAUGGUCCAGUUAUUGAAUUAAAUAGAAUACAAGUUAAACGUGCAAGAAGCAAAGGUGGUCUUGCUGGACCUGAUGGUAUUAAAUCUGUUUUUGGGCAAAUGGUUAGUAAAUUAUCAUUGUUAACACAAGAUGUAUUAUUUUUACCACAUCGUGUAUGGAAAGUAAAAUUUGUUGGUGAAAGUGUUGAUGAUUGUGGAGGUGGUUACAGUGAAAGUAUUGCUGAAAUGUGUGAUGAAUUACAAAAUGGCUCAUUGCCAUUAUUUAUACCAACACCAAAUGGUCGUGAUGAUAAUGGUACAAAUAGAGAUUGCUUUUUAUUAAAUCCAAUGGCUAAAUCAACUUUACACUUGAAUAUGUUUCAAUUUCUUGGUAUUUUAAUGGGUAUUGCCAUAAGAACAGGUAGUCCAUUGAGUUUAAAUUUAGCUGAACCAGUAUGGAAACAACUUGCAGGUAUACCAAUGACACCAGCUGAUUUAACUGAAGUUGAUAGAGAUUAUGUACCUGGUUUACUUUGUAUAAGAGACAUGGAUCCUGAUGAAAAAGUAUUUCAAACACUUGAAAUGCCAUUUUCAACACCAUCAGCUGUUGGACAUGAUGUACCACUGUCAAAUAGAUAUCGUAAAAUAACAUUAGACAAUAGACAUGAGUAUGUUAAGCUUGCAUUGAAUUAUCGUUUGUCUGAAUUUGAUACACAAAUAAAAUCAGUACGUGAGGGUAUGUCAAAAGUAGUACCUGUUCCACUUUUGGCAUUGUUCAGUGGUAGUGAAUUGGAAACAAUGGUUUGUGGAAGUCCUGAUAUUCCUUUGGGUCUUUUAAAAUCAGUUGCCACUUACAAAGGCCUUGAGGCAACUUCUCCACUUGCCCAGUGGUUUUGGGAAGUCAUGGAAGAAUUUUCAAAUCAAGAGAGAUCAUUGUUUCUUCGAUUUGUCUGGGGACGAACACGUUUACCAAGAACAAUUAAUGAUUUUCGUGGAAGAGAUUUUGUUCUACAGGUCAUGGACAAGUACAAUCCACCAGAUCAUUUUUUGCCAGAGAGUUACACUUGUUUUUUCCUACUGAAAAUGCCAAGAUACUCAUGUAAAUCAGUGUUACAACAAAAAUUAAAAUAUGCAAUUCAUUUUUGUAAAAGUAUUGAUACUGAUGAGUAUGCCAGAGUUCAGGCUGCUACUAAUUCUGAUACUGAUGACACUGAUAGCUUGGCUAGUGAAGAGCACACGUCUCUCUAAAUAAAUUAAUUAAAUU